AUGAACAACGAAAUCACGAAAAGCUUGUUUCCAUAUGAAGCUAAAUUCUUUAAGGGCAUUUUUGACAAGUAUAUAAAAAAUGAAGACUACAGCGAGGAGCUAAAGGUGGUUAGGAGCUCCAAGAAUUUAAUGGAGGAAGUUAUUAGCAAAGAAAACGGAUUAAACUUUUAUUUGGACGAACACUGUGAUGACACAUUUUUGCAACAAUGCAAGUUAGAGUUUUUUCGAAAAAUGCUGAAGUAUGUUUAUGGAAGGAAAGAGAAAAAUGUGACUCAUGGGGGAUGUUCUUCCGAUGUGGGAGGGACGGGGCAGAGCGUAGACACGGUUGGUGAGGAGCAGGGAAAACAUGUUAGUGAAGGAAUCGGCAAUGUAAAGGAGCUGCCAGACUAUUUCGUCUUUAACAAAAAAAUUAACGUCAUAAAUAGUUAUCGGAUUUACAGUUACUGCUCAAACAUCAUUCAAUCCCUUCCGUCGCUCACCUACUUUUCUGUUGUGAAGAUAUACUUGGCGAACUACCCGUUGAGUGUCUUUUUGUCUUGUGUUUACUUCUACACGUUUGUUACGUACGUGUGUGACGGGGAAAACCUGAUAGAAUUCCUCGAGUCGCUGUUCUUCUCCCUCAUCGUGACCAUCGGCUGCGUGGCCUUGACCGCCGUGCACUACGCGAAGGAAAAUAGAAUAAACUCGAUUAUGUCCAAGAUGAACAACUUUAAAGAGAAUUACAUAUGUCGGAAUUUUAUAAAAAAUGAAGCGAAGAGCGAAGCGAAGUUUGGUAAGUUUGAAAGCAGAAAGACGAUCGAAAUGAAAAAGUAUUCCAAGUAUUUCUUCCUAAAGAGUUUUCUGAACAGAAUAAAUGCGGAGCUGUUUGACUACGAGGUGUUCAAGGGGGACAAGCACUCCAGUUAUGUGCAGGAAAAUUUUAAGGAAAUUAUCCCCCUGGUGCAUUCUCCUGAUAAUUCUGAAGGAGAUGCGAAGCAAGGGGGUGAGGUAGCACCAAAUCGGCAAAGUUUUGGGGGCAAAAGUGCGAACACACCCAGAGUCAGCGGGGAGGGGGUAUUACCAGACAGGAGAAGUAAGACGGGGUCGAAGUUGCUAUCCAGUGAAGAGCAACAGGAUGGAAAUGUAGAGAUGCAGGAUGAGCAAAGAAAUUCCAAAGGAACUGCCAAGAAGAAGGUUCUCCUAUGUAACGAAUCAGAUGGGGAAAACAACCCCAGUGGAGACAUUCUUCAGAAGGUAGACAAAAGUGAAGAGGGUAGAAGGAACUCCAUCGAAAUGGCAAAGGAGAAAAAAAGAAACUUAAUAAACUACAUAAUAUUUGAAAACAAUAUAUACAAAAUUAACAGUAAGAACAUUUUAGUAGGUGACAUUGUAUACCUCUUCAAAGGGGACGUGAUUCCAGCAGAUGGGAUCCUCCUCAAAAGUAACAACAUGGUUGUAGAUGAGUCAGGCAUUUUAAAAUCAGAAAAAACAUGGAAGAAGAAAAUUAGCCUUGAUGAAUAUAUGUACUACUAUGAGAAAUCUAAAAAGAGGAAGAUCAGCGUUAACGAGUUAAGGAAAAAGAAACUGAAUUAUUUCGAAAUACUCAAUUUGAAGGUCAAGAUGACAUUAAAAAGGUUUAGUAGAGAGGAGAGAAGCCCAAAUGUACCAAUGACAAAGGGGGAACAUAGUACUGAUGAGACUCCAGAUGCUUCGCAGAACAAAAUGGAAAAAUUAAGUGAAUGUGGAAAUGAAAAAGCGGGAGAAAUUAGACGUAGCAUAAAUGACAGAUUAGUUACAAAUUUUGAAAAACUAUUUGAAUACUCUCCUCUUGUCCUGUCCGAAUCGACAGUACGAGACGGAACAGGAAUCAUGCUAACCACCUGCGUUAGUAAAAAUAAGCAGAUGUUCCAAAAUACAAUCAAAGACAUGGAGGAGAGUACCGAACUGGAAGACAUCAUAAAUAGCUUUUCAAAAAAUGUCGUCAUUAUAAUAAUUUUUUAUUGCAUCUUAUGCAUUCUCUUCAUAUUUAUUCACUUCUUAAUUAACUUGGUGGAGAAUAAUAUGCAGACAUUUGCUUACAAUUUGCUGAUGUUUCUGCUUAACUGUAUCAUUUUGGAGAUCCUAAAGUACCUUUUGUUGUCCAUUGACCAGAUGCCUCUGUUGCUGCAAAACUGCAUAGCGAUAAAUUCGAGGCAAAUAAUGCGGGAAAAUUUUAUCCUAAAGAAAAAAAAUACUUUCGAGAAAAUUCUUUUCACUAACAUGAUUUAUGUAGACUUGGAGAGGUACACAAAGUACAGGUGUGUGUACUUUUUUUGCAAUUCGGAUAUAUGCUUUUCCACCGUCUGGGAUGGAGAAGGAGAUCUGGGAGUAGAGCAAAAAUUCGUUAACUUGGCUAAGGACAAGGGCAAGAAAGAAGCAAUAUGGAGGAGCCUCUUUUUUAAGAUUCUCGUUCAGGGCAUCCUCACCACCAGCAACUUGUACCAUUACAAUGAAAACUUUCUGUACAUAGAUUUGUCCCUCUUAAAAUUCUUGAAGGGAUUCGAAAUAAAGCUGGAAGAUUAUUUCAUCCCCAAGAAGCGCUUAUUUCGUGUUAUAUCUGCUGGGAAGGAUUUUGUCAUCGCGUUUGUCUUGUCGAAGGAAGAGGCUCUGGGCCAGAAGGGACUCGGUGCGCAAGGCGGGGGGCCCCCCAGCGUGCUGCGCAUAUUCUUCAGGGGCCGCGCCAGCCUGGUCCUCCCCAAGUGCAGCCAGUACCUGGACGGCGACGCGCUGCGCAGCGACAUCGCUCAGCUUAAGGAAAAAGUCCAAAAGGUGCAGCAGCAGAAGAAGGAAGAAGUGAUAUGCUUCGCAUACAAAGAAAUAGCGCUGGGCGAGAAGGAGAAGGAGGAGCUCUUCCAGUACGAAGACGACAACGACUACACGUUUGAUAACAAAGAGAUGAAUAAGAACAUCGAGGAAACUUACCUCAAGUAUGUAGAACAGAAUGACUACACGUGUGUGUCCAUCUUGGUUUUCGAAAAAAUGCUGACGAAACAUUUCUAUUUCGAUUACAAAAUGUUGGAAGCCAACGGCAUGAGCGUGAAGGUCUUCACCAAGGACAGCAUGUCCAAGGUGAAGAAGCUGUUUUGCGACUUCCCCCAUUUUUUUGAAAAUUUAAAGCUGUACAAUGCAAAGCUGGUGGGCGAAGAGGAAGCGCUAGAUUUGCACUACCAAAAUGAUGGGGACAGGUUUGUUAGCCAUCCCCAGGGGGGGGACAAGAAAAGCGCAAAAUUGAAUCCCCAGGGCAUGGAACAGAAGAAGUGGGACCGAAAUGCAUACAAUGAGACAACCCCUGCGGAGGGAACAAACCUGGGUAAUUACACCCUGAAAAAGGGAAAUAACAAAUCUUUGGCGCCAAACAAGUGCAGAAGUGAAAUUUUAAAUUUGAAAGAGUGUGAUGAUAAUGUGAUGAUAAAUAUGACUAGCCAAAAUGAAGCGCGAAAGAAGAAGCACGACUUCCUCCUAAGUAACAACAUUUUUUACAACUGCGAGAAUACGGAGUUAUCACGUCUGUUGACCAUCUCGAAUUAUUACGGGAAGAAUGCACUCGCGACCAAUGAAAGCAGUGUAGACUGCGAAGAGGGGACGUACAGCCUACGAAUAUGCGACAACAGGGGUAGAGGAGAAAGUAAAGAAAAAAGCGACAUUGUUAUUUUGGAUAGAAGUCUCUACGAUUUUGUAAAAUUGAAAAACUUCUCAAACUGUAUUCUCACCAAUAUACAGCUAUUCAUAGAGUAUAAUAUCACCUUGUAUGUCUGCCUUAUCAUUUUCUCAACCGUUUGCACCUUGGUAAAUGGGUUAGAAUUUUUAAAUACGAUACAAAUACUGUACAUAUAUUUUGUGAAGAACGUCAUUUUUCACUACUUAUCUUGUUAUCGAAAAAGUCCCAUAAGUACCGUCGGGAAGAAGAAAAAACAAACCUACGACUUUUUUAAGGAAAAUGACAUAAACAGUAUGAUUUGCUCUAUUCUAUCCAAAACGAUCAUUCUCUUUUUGGUAUUUUUCCUUGGACAUGUAUUCAUUCCUGAGUCUAAAUGGGAUUUUGUGACCCCAGAAUUGAGGAACUUGUUUGAAUUUUCCGAGUUCGCAUAUCUUACGGAUAGGCAGCAGUCCAGCUACUUUUACACCAUACGGUCUUGUAUUCGUUUUAAAAAGAAUUUAGAAAAUUUGAAAAUACAAGCCGUCAUUGAUGUUAAGAAUGAUUACAGAUCGAUGGCUGAAUGGGACACCUAUAUCAGUCCGGGUAGACAUGGCACCAUUCUGUUUAACAUCUUUUUUCUCUUUUUCUUUUUCUCCUAUAUUCAUAUUUAUUUGAAGUCUUUUUUGCGGGACAUACACAUAUAUUUGGAAAUGUACAAGGGGGAACAGGCUAACCGAUUUAGCAACUACAUCAUCCCUUUAGUGGGUAGCGAACGGGAGGGUAAGAAGGACCUCUCCGCAGAAGUUCGACACUUUAUGGAGGAGCUGAAGGAGGAGAGACGAUCUACUAGUUUGGUUAACACGAAAAAUGUGAAGAAUUGUGGAAAGGGACCAAAUAACCAAUUUGAAAAUGGUGAAGCGGGGAAGAAUGCAAGUCGAAAGAUACCACACACGGAGGAAGCACACGAAGGGGAGAAGAAGUUUUCCUUCCUCCAAAUAGCUAGUCAAAUAAUCUCUAAAUCAGGCUUACCCAAUGACAAUUUUUAUGUGAUGUUACUGAACCUUGUUUGGGAAAAUUACAUGACAUUCAUAAUUUUUUUUUUUCUGCUGGCGGCACACAUUUUUGUCAUUGAGUUCGGCUCAUUCUUCUUUAACUUACACGUGACGGGGUUGACUCUAUUGCAGUGGGUAUUCUGUUUCGCCUGUUGUCUCCUCGACUUGGUUCUUUAUUUUGUUACUUUGCGCCUCGGCCUGUUUCUCCUGCCCGCCAGUUCUUUUAAAACCUUCCAGAAUUUGUAUGAGCCGCGGGAAAGGACCGUGUAA